CACACACACACAUUCCCUGGUACCCAUUACGUACCUUUGCAUGUCAAGGGCUUGCGUGGAUGCCCUGCCAUUCUUGAUCAUUUGAUCCAUUGUCAUGCGCAAGACUGCUGCGACGAGCGGGGAACUGCACCUGACUGUCGUGGAAGGCCGCAAUCUUCGCCGACCUUGGAGUGUCUUUGGGCGGCUGAGUCCAGUGUGCAUAGUCCACGUCGGAAGGCAGCAGCGCACGACAGAAGUGCACGAAGGCGGCGGGUCGAGUCCGUUCUGGAACGCGCUCUUCACGUUCGACGUGGACGAACACUCCACGGACGUGGACAUUCAAGUUAUGACCCCGUCCGUAUGCAAAUUGGCGUGCCUGGGGAGCGUGACAUUGCCGAUCGAGUUGAGUCGUUGGCAAGAUCGCGAGUUCAAGGACCUGUGGCUACCCGUAACAAUUGGGAAGCAACCAUGUACUACCUCCCUAAAGUACGGCGAAUUGCGGGUGCGAAUCGAGUUCAAACUCGCGACCACGCUGUACAAGCACCCGUCCGUGAUUGCCUUGCCUGUGCGACGCCACAACAAGGACAAGGCCAUCUCCACUACCACAAUAACAACAUAGAAUGGCCUCGAGUUGCCGUUUAUCCCAGAUUCUCCUCUAUCGACAACACUUGGAUCGAAUUCUUCUCCAAACAUUUCUCAUACAAAUAAGGCGACUCCCCCACCAGCGGCAUCUCUCCAUAUGCCAACUAUUUCAGCAGCGUUGCAACCGUGGACUGGGUAGUUUAUUGCUCCGUCCAAGCUAGUACAGAUGGAUGUUAUUACGACCACACCCCCGUCAACAAGACCGGUGACUGUACUACGAGCACAUUAUAACCAUGAGCCAGUGUAUAUUUUGCACAAUAUCUCACCCGUGCAGCUGGCUGGGGCGUUUCAAGCGUCCGAAAUGUAUCCAAGGUACAACACCUAGUUGCUCGUUUUAGGUGAUUUGAUGGGUUGUGAUAUUGUCCUUUUACCCAGAAUGUGGACUUUUGCGUUGAUUCUCCAAAUCUAUCGAUCGAUGCUUGUGCUGAAUUUUGUAUGUCACGUGUUGUCCUGCUGUGGUGAUUGGAUUUUCACACUAAUUUGAAGUCCCACACGAAUUAAAUGUUUUGAUGAUGGGUUCCUGCAACCUAAAUUCACUCAAUUCAUUCUUCUGUCGAGGAUUCUUCUGUACAUGUGUAUCGUAUUGGGUUGUGUCGAUGCAUUCACAUUCAUUCUCCAUAUCACUGUGUCCAGUUUUCAGAAUAGAAACACCACAAAUUCCAAUUCAAUAAUCUAUACCAACCACUCUUGUCCAUACAAAUGUAACAUCUUGUCUUAAUGGUGACAUUUACCUCGAAGUAUUAUAUAUAUAAUUGAUGGAAAUUGAUGAGCAUUCUCUCCUCUUUGAUUGGCUACUUGAUUCGCAUCAAAUUUCGAGAAAAGUGCACGAGAAAAGACAUAGCACACUCUCUGGUGCCAACAGUAGAUCGCAAUACUUGACCAUCUCUUGGUAACUUGUUCCAAUCCUAAAUAUCUACAAGUUAUGUAUUGAUGGUGUACCGGUACAGCGAGUCUGGGCUCGACAAAACAACUUCUUUCAGUAAGGCUGUUUGACAACUGACGAUUUCACCCAUUUUGGGUGUAUAAACCUCUAUAAUAUGAUAAGUUUAUUAUAUUACGAAGGUAAUUGUUUUUAAGAAGUCUACUUUAAUCAAGUAAAAAAAGAGUUCAUAACUAUAAGCUUCCGC